UAGAGAGGCUCAUGCCCGAUAGGCAUUCCCUCAUCAAAUUUAUCAUCAUCAUCAAAGGAUAUCAUCGUUUGAAGGAGAUUGAGGUGAUCAUUUGUAUUCUGUUCAACAUCACCAAGUUCCCAUAACCAUGGCUUUUCUUCAACAUCAGCCUUCGCGGCUAAAUAGCAAGAGACAAACGGAUGCGAUUAAAUCUGAUGAACAGAUAGGGAGAAAUUCAGCCCAUCCAGACAAACAUGAUAAUUUGGGCACUUCCAGAAUCCGCAGUAAUGCCGCUAAAGUAGCAGAAGAGGAUUGGAACAUUGUGUUUCCUGGAAAACCAAGAAAUCUUCCAUCCGGAUCAAAUGCUUUACAAGGAAGAAAAACGGACAGGUCUCCAUCAGAUUCACCGGAGGAAGAAGUUGAAUUGGAUCUAACACUGCCACCUGCUCAUGACGGAACGGGCAAUUUCACAAGACCAUCUUCGCCUUCCUAUCAUGCUGAUGAUGAACACGAUCGCGCCUCUCUAUCACCAGAAGUUUGGGGUGCGCCACCGAGUGAAGCGGUCACUUCGGAAUUGUUCACUGAUGACGAACUAGAUUUAUUGGAUGAGGCGGAUGUAUCGUCUUCCGCUCUGUUCUCCGAUUCCGAAAGCUUCAACGUCGGAAGAAGGUCAAGCAAUCAUCCAUCCAGCGAAGAGAAUCAACCAAGCACAUCCAUUUCUGCACAUCAAUUACAAAGAGCAUCUCGACUCAAUCAACAUGGAUCAUCCACUUUGGCAUCAUCUUCUUGGUCAUGGAUGAAUGCAGCACAAUCACAGGUCCAAUCGGCACGCAACGUAUCCAAAAGCAAUGCGCAUUCCCAAGCGGUGCCAGCUAUUCUGACGUCCGAGUCCGAAGGCGAAGAGGAAGAGGUUCGAAAGGCAAACAAGAUUGCAGUGCAAGCCAGAAGAAAGAAAGACGAUGCCGCAUUCGAAGAAGCUCUCGGAUCAGCUCAUCAAGCAUAUUCUGCCGGUUUGUACCCUCGUGUGCCCAAACGUCGUCAUCGCAAGAACGGAGAAAGCGAAAAGGGCAGCAAGCGAAGCAAUAAUAGUGCAGCUAUUGCCAGUGAAUUGUUGUCUGCCAAUCGACGAAGAAGUGCCGUAGGUCGUAAAAGCCAAACUUCAGCCGCCUCUCUCCGAAGCAGAAGCCAAGUUGGUUCAUCCGUCGGCCGUCUUCGAUCCAAACAUGAGCAAAGUGGCAAAGAUGCUGGCACAACAUACCGACCCGAAUCCUCUUCUCGUUCUGAACGCCUUUUGAGUGCGAUUUUGCAGCGAGUCUUUGGUGUGGACGAUGAGGAAGUAUUGCAAUCUUUCUUUCGCGAUGAAGGACCGCUACGGAUCGAAGAAAGCGAAAAAGAGAGGGCAACAAACGCAGCCAUUGCAAGUAGAGCACCUAUCGGUAAUGGUAUAGAUGACGAUGUUUGGAGCAGGAACCGAAGACAGCACCAUAUGAGGCUCUUGCUCGAUGGGCGAUCUGUUGCGGAAGAGGUAGAGGAAAUUGAAAGCGGAAGUGAGGCUGAUGCAGAAUCGAACUCAGCCAGAAGCAAAACAAGAGCUCUCUCUAAUUCGUCUCAUCCUCAUCGUACAUAUGUGACUGGAAAUGUUGCCGAACCUAGUUUGCCGGAAGCUCUGCAUGCGACACUGUUAUCGGGUUUGCGAAGUGUUCCUAGCAGUCUUUCACUCUUUUUGGCAGGGAGCAAUAGUGUCCGAUUUGUCAAUUAUUUGGUCGGCAGAAUAGGACCUAGCUUUACAGAACGGAUGCGUAAAUUGGUUGAUGAUGCUUCGACAGAAGAUGGUGCAAGUCAAGCCGAUCAUGCAAGCCAAUCCUCCGAUAUCAUCACCCGAGUACUUCGCAGUCAUAGCAAUGCCGGCUCUUUGAGCGAUUUAGGAUCAUGGGAUGGCGUGGACGUGUCCUCUUUGCGAUUCAAAGGCGACAAACAUCCAGCGAUCGCAUCAUCUUCCAGUCGAAGUACUCGAUCCAGUUCACAGAGUACCGUUCCAGCCACGAAUAUGUAAACGAGGUAUACCCACCACCACUUAUUUUUGUAUUUCUUUGUAUCACACUUGCAAAUUUGAUAGAAAGCAUUUCUUUUGUACAGGUUGCAUCAUUCGAUUGCCAUUUGUGUAUCAUCUU